CGCUUCUCUUCAUUCAAGAUGGCGGUGGCGGUGGCUCCAGAGCGGCAGUGGAGCGACGAGCAGCUAAAAAGUGAAGAAGUGCCGAAAAAAGAGCUCAUUAAGUUCAUCCAGGACAGCGCAGCACACUCGUUUCUGGCUGAACACAAACUAUUGGGAAACAUCAAGAAUGUGUCGAAAACAGCCAAGAAGGAGCAGCUGAUCGAGGCGUACAACCAGCUGUUCCAGAGUCAGAGGUUUAAGGGCUCAGAGCCGGACGCUCCCACAGAAGAGCUGAAGGCUGUGAAGAUCAGCGACGCUCCUAAAGAAGUGAAGACAGAGAUUGUAGACGAGGGUCCUCCAAAGUUCACCAAGUCCAUCCUGAAGAAAGGAGACAAGACCAACUUCCCCAAGAAAGGCGAGACUGUGAGCUGCUGGUACACGGGGACACUGGAGGACGGCACUGUGUUCGACACCAACAUCCCCGCCACUGCGAAAAAGAAGAAACAGUCGAAACCACUGAGCUUUAAGGUCGGGAUGGGAAAAGUCAUCAGAGGAUGGGAUGAGGGUGUGCUGACGAUGAGUAAAGGGGAAACGGCGCGGCUGGAGAUCGAGUCUGAAUGGGCUUAUGGGAAAAAAGGUCUUCCUGACGCCAAAAUUCCUCCCAACGCCAAGCUGAUCUUCGAGGUGGAGCUGGUGGCCGUCGAUUGAUCAUCAGUAUUUGUGUUCAUGAUUGGACGUUAUUCAGAAUAUUGUACCUUUUCUGACUAUUUUUGCAUGAUUGUAAAGUGACAAUAAAUAAGACAAACCCUGAA